AUGGACAACUUUGGAAGCAGCUUCUUUAACUCGUAUACCAAUAACUCUAAUAGGGAGGCUGAGGGAGGCCAAUACUUCGAUCCUUACUUUGUCAAGCACAGAAAAAGAACAACAAAGGCACAGCUCAAGGUUCUCGAGGAAACUUUUGAGACUAACAUCCGACCAGAUGCAAACAUGAGAAAGAAGCUUGGAGAACAACUGGGGAUGACACCCAGAAGUGUUCAGGUGUGGUUCCAAAACCGGAGGGCAAAGAUCAAGAAGCUUACACAGAAGAAGAUGAUGCAGCAAGAAAACACAGACAACACCAAAGGGCCCGAAGCAUCCCGUUCAUCAAGCCCGUCUAAAGACCGCAAGUAUAGCAACUACCAUCCAUAUGUGCCUUUGCAGGCCCCAUUAGAGGAAUUUAAUGUCUAUCCGAGAGACAAUAGUGUCUAUAAGCAUUCUAUUCCACAAGGUAUGUCAUCGCCAAUCAUGUAUGAGGGGUUCGGUUACAGAGGACAUGAAGAAUAUGGAUACCCUUAUGUACAGAGAUAUGGAAAUGGUGAAUACUAUCAGAUGCAAUAUCCAUAUGGAAUGGCACAAGCUCAAUGGCAUCAGCCUCCUGGGUUUAGAGAUGAGGAUUACUACCACUCAACUAGAAAACAGCAAUAUAGAGGGGGAGCGCCCAACCCUGAGAAGAUGUAG